GGUGGGCGCGCGCGGUUACCCCGGGCAGCCCCAGCCGCCGGCGGCAGCACCGUCGCCUCGGGCGCCCCAGCGGGCUGCGGGCACCUGGGGGCGGGCUGGGGGGCGCCGGCGGCGGCAGGAGGCGCUGUAGCCAGGGCUGCGGCGCGGGUCCCUUGGCGGCCGCAGGAGGGAGCGGGGCAGGCGCGGUGGGCCCGGCCCCUCCUCCGACUCCUGCGCCGCCGCCUCCCGCCGGGCUCAACCGGCGCCCGUCGUCCCCGCAGCGCCGUUCCGCGCCCGCCACCCCGAGCGCCCGCGCGCGGGGUCGGCGGGGGCCUCGGCGGGCGAGCGGACGCACGGGGCCAUGGUCGUGGCCCCCUGACGGGCCGCGGCCGCCUCCAUGAAGCGGAAGAGCGAGCGGCGGCCGACUUGGGCCGCCGCGCCCCCCUGCUCGCGGCGCUGCUCGGCGUCCUCGCAGGGAGUGAAGAAAAGCCGCAGCUCCACGUCGCAGGAACUGCACCGCCUGGACCACCAGGACGACCUGUACCUAGACAUCACCGAUCGCCUUUGUUUUGCCAUUCUCUACAGCAGACCAAAGAGUUCAUCAAAUGUACAUUAUUUCAGCAUAGAUAAUGAACUUGAAUAUGAGAACUUCUACGCAGAUUUUGGACCACUCAAUUUGGCAAUGGUUUACAGAUACUGUUGCAAGAUAAAUAAGAAAUUAAAGUCCAUCACAAUGAUGAGGAAGAAAAUUAUUCAUUUUACUGGCUCUGAUCAGAGAAAACAAGCGAAUGCUGCUUUCCUUAUUGGAUGUUAUAUGGUUAUAUAUUUGGGGAGAGCUCCAGAAGAAGCAUAUAGAAUAUUAAUGUGUGGAGAUACAUCCUAUAUCCCUUUCAGAGAUGCUGCCUAUGGAAGUUGCAAUUUCUACAUUACACUUCUCGACUGUUUUCAUGCAGUAAAGAAGGCAAUGCAGUAUGACUUCCUUAAUUUCAACUCAUUUAACCUUGAUGAAUAUGAACACUAUGAAAAAGCAGAAAAUGGAGAUUUAAAUUGGAUAAUACCAGACCGAUUUAUUGCCUUCUGUGGACCUCAUUCAAGAACCAGACUUGAAAGCGGUUACCACCAACAUUCUCCCGAGGCUUAUAUUUCAUAUUUUAAGAAUCACAACGUUACUACCAUUAUUCGUCUGAAUAAAAGGAUGUAUGAUGCCAAACGCUUUACAAAUGCUGGUUUCGAUCACUAUGAUCUUUUCUUUGCGGAUGGUAGCACCCCUACUGAUGCCAUCGUCAAAGAAUUUCUGGAUAUUUGUGAAAAUGCAGACGGUGCCAUUGCAGUGCAUUGUAAAGCUGGCCUUGGACGAACAGGCACUCUAAUAGCCUGCUACAUCAUGAAGCAUUACAGGAUGACAGCAGCUGAAACCAUUGCUUGGGUCAGAAUCUGCAGACCUGGCUCAGUGAUUGGACCACAGCAACAAUUUUUGGUGAUGAAACAAGCAAGCCUCUGGUUAGACGGUGACUAUUUUCGUCAAAAGUUAAGGUGUCAGGAGAAUGGAAAACACAGAGCAGCUGUCUCAAAACUCCUCUUGGCUGUUGAUGACAUUUCAAUCAAUGGGGUCGAGAAUCAAGACAAGCAAGAACCUGAACUGUACAGUGAUGAUGACGAUGGAGUGACACAAGGUGAUAGACUGCGGGCCCUGAAAAGCAGAAGACAGUCAAAAACAAACGCUAUUCCCCUCACAUGUUCCCUAGCUGUGCUGACCUCUGCACUGUGUAGUGUUGUCAUCUGGUGGAUUGUUUGUGACUACAUUCUUCCCAUCCUGCUAUUCUGUCUUGAUGGUUUCAGAACACAGUAGCCGUCGGGACCCUUUGACAGAUAGCUGCUGUUCCCUCCAUUUCAAGGACUAAAACAGUCUUGCGUUAAGUAAAAACCUGUGACCAGAACUGAAGGAAGACUCUAGGAACAGAAAACUGCAGCAGGACUUAGCACAAUUUAUUUGGAAACAAAACAAAAUUGCAAAAAGCCUUAGCUGCUUUCCACCUAAGAAGUUUAUUCAAGGAAGACAAUGUCCACUGGAGUUUAAAUAACGGCAUGAGUUUGGGCACAAGCCGUGACUUGAAGAAGGCCCAGCUCACCUUUUGUAGAAAUGUCUCGAGUUUAAUGACAAAAAAGCUGUUGUAAAUUUAGUCUCAGGUGUAAAUAUCAAAAGCCCUCUGCUGUCGGGAGAGCUGACCAGUUUGUGUGGUGCACGUGUGUCCCUGUGACGGCAAUCAUUUUAGCUGCUGGCCUUCAGAAGAAGUGAGGAUCUGAUGGAGGUUUUUUAUGUAUUUAUUUUCUGUUCAUCCUGUGUCAAAAUUUAUAAAGAGAAAACAGGCGUUACUGAAAUGAUUCUCUCUGUAAUUUGAUACUGUUUGGUUUAACAAUCUUCAGUUCAACAUUUGUAACGUGGUUGUAAUGGUAACUCUGUUAAGUACCCAAACUGCUUGUCUUCCACCAAAGAGUGCUUUAUUAACAAGAACCUGUGAAAACCCUGUUUGAAGACUGUUGGAUGUUGUGAUAAAAAGUGGUACUUUGGUAACCUAAACUGGUAAGAGAAUGUGAGCCGUAGCUCUAGGAAGACUCGGGAGGGGAAACUGGCUUCAGAGUUGGAAGAUUGUUGUAAGUCAUUCCUCUGUGUGGUGUUGAGGAACCGGAGAAUGCCAAGGCUGCCCACUGUUUGGUUGCUCAGUCCUACAAACUAAAAUCGUAUUUCCUUCCACACGUGAUUUAAAAAACAAAAACAAAAACAAAACAGCACUGUUGGUGUUUUCCCUUGGAAACAGCCAUCCCAAAUAAUGGUGGCUUAAAAGGAAAAAAAAAAAAAGGUACUGCUUUAUUAGGGUCUUUCUUUGUAGCAUUGUGGCUUUCUUUUUUGUGUGUGUGAUCUGCCUAAGGCCAUUCACAUACCCUUUGAUUUCUGUAACAGUUAUUCAUAUCUGGAUUUCAGUUGUUUGUAAAUAAGAGACUCACUGUUGCCUUUGGUUAGGGAAUACAACUAACUCUUUGCAGAGUGCCUUCGCCCCUCCCCCCUAUAGAAACACGCAGAUCUGUGAUACAAAGCAAUCACAAAAAUAAUUUAUUUGCUGCUAAAACAAAAAAAUGGGGCCCAAAAUACAAGAAUAUUUUGCAGUCACUUUGGUUACCUCCAUAAUAAAAAGUGAAUGGCUUUAGUUAUUGUUAACCAAUUUUUGCCUGUCCUGGUUUGGAAAACAGGGGAUACAAUAUGGAAAGGCUAGAGAAGGCAAAUGCCUUCACAUUACAAGAUGAAUGAGCCAAGUGAGCAAUUCCAUUUUAAAAAGCUGCCUUUUUAACAAAACUUAGAGUGGUAAGAAGUGGUUAGAAUAAACAGAUUCAAGUCUGUUAAUGCAAAAAGUUACUGGAAGACCAUGGCUCCAUUUUGAUAUUUACUCUCUUGGAGUAAAUUAUAAGGUUGACUGGCUUUGAGGGGAGAUGGCAGGUGCCACUUGUCUUGGUCAGACAAGUGGCCUUUCCCCGUCAGGGGAUGGGUCAUGCCGGCUUUUGAACACUGGGGACUAGAUCUCAGAAAAAAAAAAGGUGGCUUUCUGUCCCUGAAGUGAAGAGACACAAAGACCCACUUACUGGAUGGGAAGACCCCUCUUUGCUAAGCUCUGGGUGGGAGGAGAAACAUUCUAUUUGCUGUCUCGGAGAUAAUACUAAGUAUUCAGACUGUGCCCUUGCAUAAAACAUUGAAUUCUCAGGGCAAUUCUUCCCUUGACAAUUUUAAAGGCCAUCUCUCCUGCAUAAACAAUCCAGGUAGUUAUGAAAAUCAAACUUCCAUCUCAACUGUCCCCGGUUUGGCUUUUUACUACAUCAGAAAAAGUUACAUGUGCUGUCUCCCUCAUAGUGAAUAAGCCAUUUGGUGUCUUGGCCAAGAGUGAAAAAUCUGGGCUUCAGCAUUAACCACAGUACUUUUUUAUUUUACAAAUUGCCUUUUUGUGUUGGCUGCUCAAGUUUCCAGCUAGAAUUGCUAUCACUGUGGCUCUUUCUAAAAAAUCUUUUUGUGUUUAACAGGCCCACUAAAAUGAGUCAUGGGAAACUAGUGACUUGAUAAAGAAGCAUUCCGUAGAACGCACUGGGGAGUUGGAAUAGUGCUUCAGGGCGACUUCACAGCACACCAGUAAACUUACUGGGGGUGGAUGUAGAAUCCAGGAAGUGUCUGGGUCUGACUGAUGGAAAGUUCUUUCUGCUAUGAAUAAGAGUGGAUUCUUUUUUUCCCCUAACGGAAAUUUCAGCACACCCAGAAUCUUCCGAGAUUCUAACUCCCUUGUCGUAAGAAAGACCCUGUUGCUAUGGAAUAUGAAGUAGGGCAUGUCAGAUGGAGAGAUUCCUUCAAACUUGAAGCCUUAAGUAGCUUUGAAAGGACACCGAGAUAGUUUCCACUGGGAUUAAAAUUAGAAAUGAAUAUUUUUAGGUGUUCUUGAAGCUUUUGGGGGACUCUUGUCCAAAGUCAGAGACAGUCCAAAGGAAGGGCAUCUGCAAAACCGGGUAUCUAGAAGUAUAGACAGACUUCUCUUUUGUAAUGCUAAAGAAAAACUAGAAAUCUCUCUUAGCUGUCUGUGAAGAGGGGUAAAUCCUGAGCUGUGCCUCACUAAAACAAGUAGCCUUCCUUGUCCCAGUAGCCGCUUCUGGGUGGUAUGCUGCAUCUCCGGCGCUCUUCUGUUCUAAACUUGGCCCCAUUAGCCUGUCACCCACCCACUUCCUUCUCUUCCCUCCUCCCCUCUCACGGGGGUGAUUUCUACCUCUUUUCUUGGGCCCAGACAUUUUUAAGAGGAAUUCCCAAGUGUUCUCACGAGGCAAAUGUGCUUGCCCUUGGAGCCUGAUGGCCGGUUCGGCACACCCUGCGGACCAUCAGGCGCUCUGGGUGGUGUCGUGCCAAGAGCUUCUGGAGGCUUUCCUUUGCUUCAGUCACCACCAUUCAUGACAAAUGAGCAAUGCGCUCUUUUGAUGUUUGUUCUAAAAGUAGCUUAACUGUUUCUCUUCAUACAUUUUUACAAGUAAUUCUUGCAUUUUAGAAAGCAGUGCUCCUCAAAAACGACUUUAAAAAACUGUUUUAAUCCUUUAAUAGUUCUCUCCUGCGAAAAACUGUCCUGGUCAGGCUAGCUGCUGCUCCUCCAUUUCUCCUCAAUCUGAGUAUUCCUCGUGUUGCUAAGUGGAAAUACUACAGAUAUGUCCAAAAGACUGAACAAUACUAUACUGUGUAAGAAAUUACCUCCUUAAUUGCCCAGUAGAAUUAACUGUCAGCAGCAGAUAAGUUCAUCUGAUUAUAGUACUGCAGUUUUAUAUUAAUAACUUGCAGACUUUUAUCUAACCUGCACUCAUGUACAGAUUAUUAAAAGUUUUAAAAUGUAACUGAUUAAUCAGUAUUUGAUCAAUCAUUGUUCUGAUUUUUUUAUUAAAAUGUAUAUUUCUAAUCAUAUUUUAUAAAGCCAAGAGAACUGGUUGAAUGAAUGUUUAUUUUCCUGAAGGUAUUUUUAAGAUAAAGCUUCAUAAUGGCCUGUAAACUUUGCAUAUCUAUGUAGUUUGGUACGUAUUGUCGAGUUUGAAAAUCUUGUGUAUUGUAACUGGUUUUAUACAAAACAUUGAAUAGUGAAAAUUGUAUCAUUAUAAUCAUAUAAUUAAAAGUAUUAACCAAACA